AUGGCCCGUUGUGGGGUCGCCGUUCUCGUGCUGAUCCUGCUGGCCUGUGUCGCUGCGGCGGCCGCUGGCGGUAGGGAUCACCACCACCGGCGGGGCAGCAGGGCGUCGGCGCGGCUGCAGCUGGUGCCCGCCGCCCCGGGCGCGUCGCUGGCCGAGCGCGCGCGGGACGACCGGCACCGGCACGCCUACAUCUCCCGGAGGCUGGCGUCGUCGGCGUCGUCUAGCCGGCGGCGCGCGGCCGAGACGUCGACGGCCCCGGGGCCGGAGGCGUCGGCGUUCGCGAUGCCGCUGACGUCGGGCGCGUACACGGGCACGGGGCAGUACUUCGUGAAGUUCCGCGUGGGCACCCCCGCGCAGCCCUUCGUGCUCGUCGCCGACACCGGCAGCGACCUCACCUGGGUCAAGUGCCGCGUGCUCAGCCUCGGCAACAGCAACAUCUCCUUCGCCGCCCGCGCCGCCGCGCGCUUCGGCGGCCGCUUCUCCUACUGCCUCGUCGACCACCUCGCCCCGCGCAACACCUCCAGCUACCUCACCUUCGGCCCCGACGCCAACGGCGCCGCUUCAUCGUCGAGGACGCCGCUGCUGCUCGACGCCCAGGUGGCCCCGUUCUACGCCGUCACGGUCGACGCCGUCUCCGUCGCCGGGGAGGCCCUCGACAUCCCCGCCGAGGUGUGGGACGUCAAAAAGAGCGGCGGCGCCAUCCUCGACUCCGGCACCAGCCUGACCAUCCUCGCCACCCCGGCGUACAAGGCUGUCGUGGCCGCGCUGAGCAAGCAGCUCGCGGGAGUGCCGCGGGUGACCAUGGACCCGUUCGAGUACUGCUACAACUGGACGGCCACGAGCACGCCGCCGGCCGUCCCGAAGCUGGAGGUGCGGUUCGCCGGGUCGGCGCGGCUCCAGCCGCCGACCAAGAGCUACGUCAUCGACGCGGCGCCCGGCGUCAAGUGCAUCGGGCUGCAGGAGGGCGUGUGGCCCGGGGUGUCCGUCAUCGGCAACAUCCUGCAGCAGGAGCACCUCUGGGAGUUCGACCUCGCCAACCGCUGGCUUAGGUUUAAGGAGAGCCGUUGUGCACAGUAA